AUGCAGAAACCUACCAGAAACUCACGCACCUGUACCACCGGAAUCCUCACGUGGCCGGAAAACUCUUCACCGGCCGAUUUCACCGGCCACCGUCCUCAUCAGCCUUCACAUGACAUCGGUGAUGUUCUCCAUGGCAAAAAACUCACCGAGAAUGAAGAACAUAAUUUAGCCAAGUGGAAACCAAGCUCUGGGUAUUCUAGAGUGAAAGAGGCGACUGGAAAUGGUAUUUUUUUGCCAAAUGCUGAGAAUACCACAUCUAAAGUCAAUGCUGCAAAUUCUAAAGACAGUGAUAUAUUUUCUGCAUAUGCUGAGGAUACCACAUCAGAAGCCAAUGCUGCAAACUCUAAAGACAGAAAAAGCAUACGUGUAUAUCAGCAAGCAAUGGAUGGAAUUAGUAAGAUAUUACACAACGCUGAAGAAAGCAUUUCUCCUGAGAAACCAGCCUCUUUACCUCCUGGGGCAGCAAAGCAGCGUGAACUUGGUGGAACAUUGCAAAAUGAACCAGGCACAAAUAGCAAGAAACUGAUGUCAAGUUCCAAGACCAAGGAUAUUGGUGGAAAUGAUAUAUUUUCUACUCCUCGUGAAACUACCCGUUCAUUGGCUGCAUCAAAAUCUAAUGCUGCUGGUAUCCGAAGUAAUAUACGCAGUGAAGAAUCAGUUCAGAAGAACUCAAAGAAAAUGCAUGGCCAGAAGUUUGCAGAGCUGACAGGCAAUAAUAUUUUCAAGGGAGAUGUUACUCCAGAAUCAGUGGAAAAACCUCCGAGCAUGGUGGCUAAACUUAGAGAAAUGAAAGGCAGUGACAUAUUUGCUGACGGAAAGGCGGAAAACAGAGACCGCUUACUAGGUGCCCGCAGACACGCUGGUGGAGGAAGCAGCAUAUUUUCUGAUGGAAAAGCAGAAAACAGAGACAAUUUACUAGGUGCCCGCAGACCCCCUGGUGGAACGAGCAGCAUUGUCCUGGAUUAA